UCGCCGUCUUUCUUUUCGUUGACCUUGCUUCUUCCUCGCCCAUCCCCUUUUUUGGUUUGUCGGGGAGAUUCUGGUCGUUGCCGUCCUUUUAGCGCCUCCAAGUUCGACAUCCAACCAUUCCAGGCAAAGCAAGGACGACACCCAAAGCGGCUGGACCCUUAACGCUCGUGCUAUCCCCAAUAGAGCAGUCAACCUUUAAAAGCAUUGCUCCCUUCUACUCAGGUCUGGUCCGAUCUCAACUGUCGACUCUUGUUUUGCCCUACGAAGCCUUCCAUGAAGCCCAUAACAUCUCAGCUGUUAGUCUGCACUGUACACCGCCAACGGAGACAUGGCGGAGCUCGAUGUUCAUGCGCAGCGCCGCUCCUCAUCGCAGGCAUCGUCGUCAUCUCGCAGGAGCCAAAGGGCUAGGACGAUUCGAUCUAAACCGACCAAGAGGAAUUCUGCAUCCUCCAAUACUACAACGACCGAUCUGACUUCUUUCCCCUCCCUCUCACCCGAUAGCUCACCCGAGGGUUUCCGUGGCGAGCCGACGUUCAACCGAUCCUUGAGCAAAGCAGUCAUUACAGAGAACGGUGGAGACGCAGCAUACGAUAUUCAUCGCGGGCGCAAAGCUACGCUGGCGCGCCUGACUACGUCCCUGCCUGAAGUAUCCGGUCGAACUGCCUUAUUUGACGAUUCCGUGACAGUCCCAGACGUCCCAGGAGCACUACAUCUUGCCGAUGAUGCACACAUCGAGAGACUAAUCGCGCGGACAGGAGCUGUGAAGCUAGUGAGACAGUUUGCCCGAGAUCUAGCACUACGCGAUGCGGAAAUCUCGAAGCUCCGCCAGCGCGCUGAUGCCCGGGAGCGAGAGCUGAAACGUAUGCUCAGGGAAGUUUCCGUCUCUCACCAAGACAUUGAACGUCGCCUGUAUGCGCUGGAAAAUCCGGCUGAGGGUCAAAAGCGGGAGGUGGAUAGUGAUGUGCAGAGCCGUGAUGCAUCUUCUGGCCUUGAUGGUCUUAUGAGCCAGGCCAUGCUCGACGAAGUGGGCGACGCUAAUGGGCACGAUGAUGGCCAUGUCCAGGCGACGAUUAAAGCACAACGGAACGACACAGAUGCCAGGUCUGGUACCUCGAGCAUUGAUUCGGUAAAUCACAAAGGAUCUGUCCGCGGUUGGCAGGAUUACAUCUUUGGCAGCACAACAGCGAGUCGGAAAACAAGCAGAGCGAGCAGUGUGAUGAGUGACGUCGGCGAAGCCGAAGAGGAUCAUCCGCGGAUCCCAAGCCGCUCAUCUGCACGCCGAAAAGCACUCGAUGAACAGCUGUUCCAACCUCCAGGGGGCCGAGCAGGGACGACUUCGGCAGCUAAUGGAAAGCUUCCUUCGCGGAUCAGUAAUGGCGACGAUGUCAGCAUCAACUCGCGAAAGUCCUCGAGGUCGUUGACCGCUUGGACGGUGAAGCUCUUUGCUGGAAACUCUCAGGCCAAUAAGGACAACAAUGGUACGGAUACGGCUCGAACGAAAAAUACAUCCGGUCAAGACAGGAAUAGAACCACUUCGUCCACAUUCUCCGCAGGUUCCAAGGGAGCCAUAUCAGCGGUGGCCUCCUUGAAACGCAUUAACAGCAAUACCGGCAUCCAUAACAGCGGGAAUGGCUCAGGAGGCACUGUUAAAGUGAACCCUUCGGCGGGACGAAGACAGGCGGCAGGAAGCAUCUCCCAAGGCACGAUCGCAGAGGACUCUGUCAGACAUGCUACCAAUCUCGGACCCGUGGAAAUGGAUGCUAUUCUACCACUGGAGUCUCGACCUCCGACUCUCAACUAUACCUACAAUAACUAUCAAGCCGGAGACCUGCUUACGGACAGAUUCGGAUUCAUAUACGACCAGAGACGGAAAAAGAGACAAAGGGAAGCCGCCAUCGUGAGAAACGACUCUAGCCGAGUUAGUAUGGCGGAGACCAUCAGCAGUUUCCGCAGCGAUCGGUCAGAGAACAACGACGAUGAUGACGAUGACUCGCAGACGCCUUUGGAAAUGGCAGGAGGAGCUCAGCUGCCGCACAUGACAGCGGAGGACCCCGAAGAGGCCUCGAGCACGAAGAGAUGGCAGGAUUAUCUGCGCAUUGCGACUAAGCCGACAGAGCUACUUUCUCAUACCCCAUCCGCGGGACCUAUCAUCUCACUCACCAUGCCCAGCGAAACAAAGCAACGCGGCCAUUCUGUCGCUGUGGAUAAAGGUGGCGCCGUCGCAGUGAACUCGAGUUCUCAGCCAUCUGCAACCACAUCAACCGUCGUAGCUGACAGCCCCGAAUUUGCUGGUCGUUCCGGCAACGACACACCGGCUGUGACGGCUAGAGUCACGGUCAACGAACCGGAACCGGUCAAAUUGCUUCUCGAGCAACUCACUGACCUUCACGAUUCCCUGCAGCGUGAACGUACGGCGAAGUGGAACGAAUUCCUGCGCAAAGUCCGUGCCGAGCGCAGACGGGAAGGGGAAGCGGCAGCAGCAGCAGGCGCUUCUGACCGUGGCAGUAUGUCAUUGCAUAUGCCUGAAGCAGCACUGGCAGAUGGUGAGCUAGUGGGCAUUUCAGGGCUGGGAAACAAGGGCAAAGUUGGCCGGGCAAAGUGGCGUGAAUUCAGAUCGUUGGUCCUGGGUGGUAUCCCCGUGGCGCUUCGCGCGAAAGUGUGGUCGGAGUGUAGCGGCGCGUCCGCUAUGCGUGUUCCUGGCUACUAUGAAGAACUCGUCAAGGGCGUCGGCUGCGGAGAUUCCGACCCGUCUGUAGUUGCUCAGAUUGAGAUGGACAUCCAUCGAACUUUGACCGACAACGUCUUUUUCCGCAGAGGCCCGGGUGUGGCGAAGUUGAAGGAAGUCCUGCUGGCAUAUUCACGUCGCAAUUCAGAAGUAGGCUACUGUCAAGGCAUGAACUUGAUUGCCGCGUCUCUACUUUUGGUUAUGCCUACGGCUGAAGAUGCUUUUUGGAUCCUGGCUUCAAUGAUUGAGAAUAUACUGCCGCAGCAUUACUACGAUCACGGGCUACUCGCGUCGCGGGCGGAUCAACAGGUCCUACGGCAGUACAUCGCAGAGGUCCUGCCCAAGCUGUCUACGCAUCUGGACGACCUGGGGGUCGAGAUUGAAGCUCUCACAUUCCAAUGGUUCCUCUCUGUCUUCACGGAUUGCCUUUCAGCGGAAGCUUUGUACCGUGUCUGGGAUGUCGUGCUUUGCCUGAACGUUACGAGUACUGUCAACGGUGCAACUUCCGGUAACGGCCGUGAUGGCACGUCUACUGGUGCAAAAACGCCUCUCACGGCAGAGGAAGAAGCAAUGGCCGGGAGUGGCGGUGGCAGCACGUUCCUCUUCCAAGUCGCGCUAGCAUUGCUCAAGCUCAACGAGCAGCAGCUCUUGACGACAUGUUCGACUCCUGCGGCACUAUACACGUACAUCAACCACCAGAUGACCAACCAUGCCAUCAGCAUUGACGGACUUAUCCAAGCCAGUGAAGCAUUGCGGAACGUGGUUCGUCGGGAAGAUGUGGUCGCGAGGAGGGCCAUCGCAUUGCGGGAAAUGCAAGGCGAAGAUCGUCGCGAUGAACGUCAAGAUGGCGAGAAUACUGCAGCAACCAAGUGAACAACGAUGGGAUCACUUACGCAGCAGCUCGAGUCUGCUUCUGUUUCAAUCUUUUCUUUUUUUCGUUUUUCGUGAACGUAUCAUCAGGCACAUGGGUUCAUAUCACAGCAAAGGCGGUUCGGGGGCUGAUUUGGAUUUCAACCUUUUUCUUCUUGUUUUUUUGGCGGGACCAUUAAAGAAAAACCAAGCAUCAUCGAGAUACCCACUCCUUUUAAGCCAUAUAGAUUUCGUCUGGUUUUCCUAUCUUUGUCUUUUCUGGCCUCCAUGGAAGCGAUACCAAGCAAUGCAUAGCAUAGCCCAUCUGCUGAAUAUCAAUCUAGACACGAAAUAUCUCGGGGCUACCUCUACAAAUAGAAGCAUUAACCAAUGGCAUGGCCAAGUAGUCCGGGCAAUAUGAUUAUAAUCCUUCGGG